GAAAAGCACCAGAGCUGAAGUUUUGGCAGCAGGCUGGUAGAAGACUGAUCUUUCAACUCUGUGAAGAUGAUGCAGACCUGGUUGCUGGUUUCUUUCCUGCUUUCUCUCUCCUGGGUCCAACGUUCAGAGCCCAUGUUCAGGGCAAUGACCAAGAUGGUGCUGCCCCCAGACUAUGAGAACAACCCCACCCAGCUCAACUAUGGGCUGGCAGUGACGGACGUGGACGGAGAUGGGGACCUAGAGGUGCUGGUGGCAGGGUAUAACGGGCCCAAUCUGGUGCUGAAGUAUGACAAUAGCCGGAAGGUGCUCUAUAACAUUGCUGUGGACAACAAGAGCUCCCCGUUCUAUGCACUACGUGAUCGCCAAGGCAACGCCAUUGCAGUGGCAGCCUGUGACAUUGAUGGGGACGGCAGGGAGGAGAUUUACUUCUUGAAUACCAACAACGCCUUCUCGGGUCUGGCCACAUACUCUGACAAGCUCUUCAAAUUCCGGAAUGGUCGCUUUGAGGACCUCCUGAGUGAUGACAUCAAUGUGCACCGAGGAGUGGCCAAUCGCAUGGCCGGGCGCUCUGUGGCCUGCUUAGACAGAAUGGGCACUGGUCGCUACUCUAUCUACAUUGCUAACUAUGCUAGCGGUAAAGUAGGGGCCCAUGCGCUGAUUGAAAUGGACGAGGCUGCCAGUGACUUGUCCGCAGGGAUCAUCGCCCUGUCUGAUGUGGCCGAGCAGGCUGGAGUCAACAAGUUAACAGGUGGGCGUGGUGUGGUGGUGGGGCCCAUUGUGAGCCAGGUGCAGUCCGAUAUCUUCUGUGACAAUGAGUAUGGGCCCAACUUCCUGUUCAAGAACAACGGAGAUGGCACCUUUACUGACAUUGCCGGACAGGCGGGUGUUGACGACCCCUAUCAGCACGGCCGGGGGGUAGCGCUAGCUGACUUCAACCGGGACGGCAAGACAGACAUUGUGUACGGCAACUGGAACGGGCCACACCGGCUCUUCCUGCAGACCAGCGCCAACCGCAAACUGAGAUUCAAGGACAUCGCCACUCAGAAAUUUGCUAUGCCCUCUCCGGUCCGUACCGUCAUCGUGGCUGACUUUGACAACGACCAGGAACUUGAGGUUUUCUUCAACAACAUUGCAUAUCGCGGCUCAUCUGCCAACCGCAUCUUCAGGGUGUCUCGGCGGGACCACGCCGACCCCCUGAUCGAGGAGCUCAGUGUAGGGGAGGCAGCCGAGGCUGAUGGCCGUGGGACAGGAGCUGCAGUGACGGAUUUCGAUGGGGAUGGAAAGCUGGAUCUGAUAGUGUCUCAUGGGGAGAGUGUGGCUCAGCCCCUCUCGAUUUACAAAGUCAACCAGGGCUCUGCCAAUAACUGGCUGCGUGUGAUCCCUCGCACCCGUUUUGGGUCUUUUGCACGAGGAGCGAAGGUGGUCGUCUACACAAAGAAAAGCGGGCCCCACACACGCAUCAUCGACGGGGGGUCCGGCUACCUGUGUGAGAUGGAGCCUGUCGCUCACUUUGGACUCGGCAAAGACUCGGUCACCACUGUAGAGGUGAGGUGGCCUGACGGCAGCUCAGUGGCUCGCCCCCUAGUGGCCAGCGAGAUGAACUCAGUCCUGGAAAUCCCCUACCCACAGACUGAGGGCAAGGAGCAGCCUGCAGAAAUUGAGUGUGGACAAGGAUUUGCUGCCGAUGAAAAAGGCCUCUGUACAGACAAAGAUGAAUGCACCGAAUUCCCCUCUGUGUGUUCUGGGGACAGGCCGGUGUGUAUCAACACCUUUGGAGGGUACAAGUGCAGGCCCAACAAGAGGUGUGGCCACGGCUUUGAACCCAAUGAAGACGGGACAGCCUGUGUGGCUCAAAUUGCUUACUUUGGGGGGAAUCGUUCCUCGUCUUCCAGGCCCUCAGCUGGUCUCCCCCAGGUCUGUGUGGCUCUGCUUGGCCUCGCUCGCUGGCUGCAGGCUUGAACCCCCUGUCUCCUCUUCUUUUUUCUCACCAAACCUGGAACUCUUGGACAAACUCCAUCCAACAGUGAAAGACCAUUAAAGACAGCUGAUCUUAAUCCAGAAAAACUGGCUUCACUGUUUCUGAAGGGCGAGAUUCUUUCAUUUCUCUUUCUCUCUCUCACUCUCUCUCUCUCUCUGUCUCACUGUUUCAACUGAGCAUGCCAGCUGUCUGCAGGGAUCUCUGUUGUUUUUUGCGGUUGAUCUAAUAAUGCAAAAAUGUCACCUUGACCUGCCUUACCUCUCAAUGUAGACAGACUGUACCUCCAAACUGUCAGGUCAUUGAGGGACAUACACACUGUACCUCUCAGUGAGUGAGUGAGGGACACACAAGCUUUCUCUCAGUGAGUGAGUGAGGGACACACAAGCUUUCUCUCAGUGAGUGAGUGAAGGAGGGACACAAAAAUUAAAGCCCCCCCCCAAAAAACUAAAAAAAAAAAAAAAAAAAAAAGCCAAAGCGAUGCAAUAUACCUGCUUUACUGUAUAAAUGAAAGUUUGCAACAUUAUGAUCUGUAGGGCUGCAGAAGUAGACUUGCAAAACUGAACCUUUACUCUAAACUGCCCUUACUCGUUUGAUGCUCAAGCCUAAAGGAGGAGUUCAGAAUUCAGAUAAGUAUUUAGAUGGGAAGGUACUGUUUGAUAAAAAAAAAUCUCUCAAUAGAAGCUUAGUUGGUUUUAGCCUUUGACUAUUUGUGGGGUGCAAUAGUUGUUCAGUACACUGUUAUAAUAGACAUCACUGCCUGUGAUGUGUCUCUGAUUGACAAGGCAGGAGGUACAGGGGUAUUAGACAUUUCUCCAUAGCUGAAGAAGUGAAAGGAACCCAACUAGCAUAGUGACAGCACAACUGAAGGAUUGGACCCGGUAGAGAAAAUGCUGUAUUGUGUAUUGGAACAGACAAAGAAAUGCCAAGGCCCCAGAUAGACUCCAGUUUAAUGGCAGUACAAAUACUGAACUUUGUAACUGCAGUUCUUAACAUUAUAAUUACAGUACAAUGCACAACUAUAGUCUAGCAAUUGUGGUGUUUGUAGUGAUUCACUGUGCUUCAUUGCAGAGAUGCUUUGCAUACAAGACAGCAGGGACCCUGCUGGCUAGACACAGCUUUCAGGAAAUGCUGUAAAUCAUGUUCUGUAAAUAGUCUAGAUCUGUCUUUCCAGUCAUUAUUAUUAUUUAUUAUUUUGAUAUAUUUUAUUAUUUCAAUGGUAAACAUUUCCGAAUUGAAUUUAGCAAACAGCUGUGUUUUUGCUGAAGCUUGUGCAUCAUGAUGUGUAAAAUAAAGUGUGAA